CUCUGCUUCCAUUUACUGUUCCUGCUCCUCACGAUAAGAAACGCCUUUUCUUUAUAGUUUAUGUUUCCCCUGCUUUCUUCCCCGUCGAAGAGGUAAAAGAGGAUCGCGAUAUAGAAAGCAAGAUACAGAGAGAGAGAGAGAGAGAGAGAGAGCUCAUUCACUCGUGCUCUGGUUCUCCUUUCAAUGGAAUCCUUCGGCCUUCUUAGAUACUGGAGAGGUGGAACUGGCGGGUCUUCGUCGGCAGCCAACAUGCCAGCCGCAGAGGCAAUGACAUUGCUGGAGUCGGGGGUGGACGGCGAAGAGACCGAUGACGAGGGGCCCUUCUUCGACCUUGAGUUUGUCGACCCCGAAGACCGAAGCGCUGAGGAGAGAGGCGGAGAUCAUGAGGAUGAACAGUUGGAAGACGGGGAAGACGAGAAAGAUUUCGACUUUGGCUUGAAUUCGUCAGAUGGAAGCGACACACGGUCCAUUUCCACCUCCGACGACAUCUUCUUUAAAGGAAAGCUCGUACCGCUGGAAUCGAGCUCCAUCGUAAUCGCCGCCGGGGAUAGCGAUCAGAAGACUCAGCUCGCCGUUUCGCUCCUGAAAUCAGCAACGAAGUUCCGAGUCUUCAUAUUGGGACUUCGAAAGUCUAAAUCCGCAACGGUGGAGUCCAAUGCCGCCAGCGUGUCGCCAAAGCAGAGCCAGCUGCCGAGCAAGUUCUUCUUCAUCAAGUUUAAGGUGGAGGAGGUGCCGAUCGUCUCCCUCUUCACUCGCGACAGCAGCUCACGAAAUCAGGCUGGUGUUGCCAAAACCAUGGAGAAAAUCUCGGACAUAGACGCCGGAGAGGACACCGCCGUUGCGCCGGCGCCGUCGGAGGAAAAGACGAAGUCGAGUAAUUCUAAGGAAGUGAUGCAGAAAUACCUCAGCAAGAUCAAGCCUUUAUAUGUUAAAGUCUCCAAGAGGUAUGCCGAUAAGCUCAGGUUCUCCGGGCCUUUGGUUCACGGCGGACUUCCGGCUACUGAGCUUAUCUCCGAAGAAGAAAAGGAAGCCGAAGAAGAGGAGCCUGCGGAGUCCAAAGUGGCUGAAAAGAACCCAAAGCUAGCAAUGCCGGCGAAGUUGAGGGUGGUGUAUGAGCGGCUGGGGAAGAGCAGGUCGGCAGUGGCCGCAGUGUCAUCGCCACCGCCAAAGCGGCGCGAUGACUCUCUUCUCCAGCAACAAGACGGGAUCCAGAGCGCCAUUGCCCACUGCAAGCGAUCCUUCACCGCUACUUCCAAAGAAACAGAAUCGCCAUCGCAGCCUUCGAAGAGCAAUCCAGAAGCUGAACGCAUAUAAUUGCUGGGAAACAAGACGAAUCCUUUUCAUCUUUCUUUUCACCUUCACCUGCGCAACCUGAUGAAGAAAAAGUGGUAGAGAUGCCAAAAAGUUUUCAUUAGCCGCUACUCCUACCUAUAUUUUCUUAUUUCCUUCCAUUUUGCGUUUCUCCUUAGCCAUGUAACUGAAAAAAAGGCAAAUAUUUUUAUUUAUGAGCCUAUGAGUAGUACGGCGCCGCUUGAGAACUCCAUCAACUUGAGCGAGAAGAAGACAAGGCCUUGAUUCGGUAAUAUUGUGAAAAAGCCACUUUUGUGUAGUUUGAACUUUAUUAAAUUUGCGUAUUAGACGGUUUUCUGCAA